AUGCAAACGAACAACAACCCCCUCCGCCAGCACUACGACGUCGUCAUCGUCGGCGGCGCAACCACCGGCUCCUCCAUCGCCUGGCACCUAUCCACAACCCCAGACUUCGAGGGCUCAGUGCUCGUUGUCGAGCGAGACCCGUCACUGGAGUACUCCGCCACAAAGGCCAGCAACAACUGCAUGCGCCAGCAAUUCGCAACCGCCAUCAACGUCCAGAUUGCGCGAUACGCAGCGGACUUUGUGAAGCGUUUCGGUGCGGAGUUUCCUCCAGACCCUCGCGAUGUCCCAUUUACGCCGUCUAUUCGCGACUUUGGAUAUCUUUACCUGUCUGAUUCGGAGAAGUUCACAGAUGUCUUGAAGAAGGACCAGGAGUUGCAGGCUAGCCUGGGGGCAGGUACCAAGAUCAUAUCAAAGAGAGAGAUAAAGGAUAAAUAUCCAUUCCUUUAUACUGAUGACCUCGACAGCGCGAGUCUGAAUCUCGUUGACGAAGGCGCAUUCAACGCCUGGGGCAUGGUCCAAUGGCUACGCAGCACAGCCCGCCAUAACGGCGUCGAGUACAUCACGAACGAAGUCAUCGGCGCAGAGCUAGAAGGUGGCAAGAAGGUGAAAGGCAUCAAACUUAAAACCGGAGAGGAAAUCACCGUCGACACCCUGGUCAACGCCGCAGGGACCCGCGCUGCCUCUGUCUCCAAGAUAGCUGGGAUCCCUGCCCUCCCUGUCGAGGCUCGACGGCGCUACACUUACAUCUUCUCUGUUGAUGAAAGUCUACCCCAGGAUCUCCCCUUGACGAUUGACCCAUCAGGCGUCCAUCUCCGGUCUUACGGUGUCAAGGACUACCUCGUGGGCUGUCCGCCCAUCGGGCCCGAUACAGCCGUGGACGUAGACGAUUUCAGCUUCGCAGAGAAUGCAUGGGAGGAGAAGAUUCUCCCUGUUAUCACGCACAGGGUUCCUCAAUUCGCUACUGCACAGGUGACCGAUUCCUGGUUGGGUCAUUAUGAGUUUAACACGUUCGACCAUAAUGCUAUCGUUGGACCGCAUAGUGAAAUCAGCAACUUUCUUUUCUGUGUUGGCUUUUCGGGACAUGGGAGCCAGCAGGCGCCGGCUUGUGGGCGUGGUGUUGCUGAGUUGAUUGUCUAUGGGAAGUUUCAGACGCUGGAUCUCGGUGCGCUUUCGUAUAAGAGGAUUGUUCAGAAUCAGCCUUUGACGGAGAGGGCGGUUAUAUAG